AAGGAAUUCUAUUGAGCUGUAUUCACAAGAAAAGAAGUUUGUCAAGAUCUGAUGUUGAAAUCAGGGCCGGGAAUUUCAAUAACCGUGUUUUGCAAAUUGCUUGUGUGCUUUCAAGUUAUUCAACUAUCUCUGUUAUUUUAUCAACCCACAAAAUAGGUUAUGAAGCGGAAGAGAAUGGAGGCACAAACAUUCACAGCCUUUGCCAUCCUCAGCUGCCAGCCAGUUCAAGUUUAAUGGGGAAAAGAAGGUUCAAACCCGGCGGAGGCCUCUGGGCGACUGCGCCCGUAGCCAGGGGCAAGAUGGUUUGACUCUCACGGUGCCCGCGGCUGCGGUCUGGAACGGAAGAUGGCGGCCGCAGAGGCGAGGAUGGGCAGGCUGUGAGAAGAACGUGAUGGAGAUGGGGGAGCCAACUGGAGGGGAAAACUGCUGCUCUUGGGACUCUGAUUGAGGAGGAAAUUGCCUCCUCCAGAGGGGGCUGGACAAUCUGGAGAAUCUGUUGAAGAACCGUAACUUCUGGAUCCUGAGAUUUCCUCCAGGCACUAAAGGAGAAAAUCCCUAAGGUCCCAUUGACCUUCAGUGACACCUCUGUCAACUUCAGUAAGCAGGAAUGGAAGAAAUUGGAUGAGUGGCAGAAGGAGAUGUACAAGGCGGUCAUGAGAAGCAAUUAUGAGAUGCUGGUCUCCCUGGAUGAUGCCAUUUCCAGGCCCAUGUUCCUGUCCCAGAUUGAGCGAGGUGAGGAUCCGAGUGCGAAGAGUUCAGAAGAUUUGGAGCGGAGGGACAUGCCUAUAAAUCCCAGUUGUUCAGGUUCUUCUGCUAUUGUGGUGAAUGCUACUUCCUGGGGCAGAGAAGAUGACAAGGAAGAGGAGAAUCUUUUUGCCACACAAGAUGAAUGCCGUGAAACAUCCCUUUUAGACGUCUCUAGUCCUGGGACAGGCUCUUCUGGUAUUGUGGUGAAUGCUGCUUCUUGGGGCAGAGAAGACGACAAAGAAGAGGGGACUCUUUUUGCCGCACAAGAAGAUUGCCAUGAAACAAGCCUUACAGAGGUCUCUAACCCUGAACUUCAGAUUCUGCGACGUGACGUGGGGUCACAGGUUAAGCAAGAACCAGAGAUACACAUCAAGGAAGAGCCAUUGUCUCCUGGAAGCUCCAGCAGCGAGUCAUUUAUCCCUAUCUGCAUUAAGCAAGAAGAGGAAGAGCAGAACAUUCAGGACCAGCAGUAUUUGGCUUCAUUUGCAGAGCACAGUAUGCUGUUCCAAGCUGCAGAUGAGGAAGGCAGUCAUGCGCUCGGGUCGUCUGUAGCAUCCUGCAGGAAGGCUGGCCAUCAGAGCACCGUGGGAGAUCCUGAGCAGAGAGAGGCAGAGGCGAGAGGCUGCCUGGCCCAGUGCGGCAUGUGCGAGAACGUCAAGGACCAGGAGAACCUGGGGGACCACCAGUACAGCCGCAAGCGGAAAUUCCAGUGCACAGAGUGCAACCGAAGCUUUGCUUUCCAGGGGCAGCUCACCCAGCACCUGCUUGUCCAUGCCCCUGGCAUGCAGUUCAACUGCGAUGAAUGCAACCUGUCCUUCUCCAGCCAAAAGGCCCUGACAGUGCACAAGCGCGUCCACUCCCUUGACUGGCCCUUGCACUGUUCGGCCUGCAACCGGAGCUUCACAGACGCAGCCAGCUUUGAGCGCCACCAGCAGACCCACGCCCCCGGCAAGGUCCAUCGGUGCCUGGAGUGCAACGUCUAUUUCACAAACCCCAUCGCUCUGAUUGAGCACAAGCGGAUGCACUCGGAGGACUGGCCCUUCCGCUGCACCCAGUGCGACCGGACCUUCGUGCACGAGGGGCUGCUGAACGAACACCUCCAGAAUCACAGCCGGACGCGGAGUCGCCGUUGCCACGUCUGCGGCUCAUGGUUGUCUUACCGGGGAAUGGUGGAAUAUACUGAGGGCCAGCUGUACCACUGUAAGAAGUGUAAUACCAUUUGCCGGAGUUCGGGGGUGGAGCAGGGAAAUAAACCAAGCGAGGGAAAUGUGUAGGCCCUUCUAGGUUCCCGAGGGCAUACCUCUGGUAUGAAUAGAUCGGCACAAAGGCCACUCUCCUAAAGACACCCCUUGUCCCUGUUUUGUUUGAUUUAUUGGGCAGUGAAGCAUUUCAGGAAAAAAAAACCUCCCAUUUUCUUAGGAAAGCGAUUUUUCUCCCAAGAGAAAGAACAUUUGGGGGUGGGGAGGAGUAUCCUGCUUGGAUCCCAUGCCCUGGCAUGUGUUUCAGGGCACAUCCCAACGCAUUUUGGUGGUUGCCGCCCUUCCUGGAUGCAUUUCUUCAAAUCCCAAAAAAUAAAUCCAGAAAGGGUGAUGAUCAGACUGAAAUGCCUGCCAGCGGGAGAAGUGGGAAUCUCGUCCUGUUAGGACAAUCCCUGGUGGGCCCCAGCUAGGGCCAGGGGCAGUCUGUGGGCUGCAUGUGGUCCAUAGGACAGUUUUAUGCGACCCCCCGAGUCCCUUGUGUAUGUGUGUGUCUGUCUGUCUGUCCAUUCUGAAGACUAGAUCUCUCUCUCUCUCUCUCUCUCUCUGUUGGAUGUACAAAUGUUGCAGGUCCAGGGUCCACUUUUAUGCCUCAAGCCUCUCUGAAGGCUGUGUACGCUACAAAAAAAGCAAAAAAAUAAUUAAAAUUUUAAAAAAUUAAAAAUAAAGCAACCCCCCCCCAAAGUGGCCAGAUGUCCACUUCUGGGUCUUAGAAACUGGUGUUUUUAAUGUUAAGCAGCAUGAGGGGGUGGCCUUGCAACCUCCUUGAAAGGGAAAUUGUUGUACUUGGAACCUUCCAGGAGCAGCAGUUUAUCCUUUUUUCUUUUCUUUUUUGAAGCAGCAAUUCAUAUAUUUUUAUUUUUAUUUUCUUCUUUUGGCUAGAAAAAGGUUGGUCUGGAAAUUCUGGAGGUGUUGAGGGCUAUAAAAGCAUUGUCGGGGUCUGCGCUUUGCUCACUCCUUCUCUCUCUCUCUCUCUCUCUCAAGUGUGUCCUGGGACACAAUUCUUGGCUAAAACAAGGCACUCCCUCCCUGCCCCUUGUUUGUAUGUCUCCCAGAAAAUGCCCUCUUGUAAAAAGGAAAGUUUAUAUAUAUUUUUAAAAGAAUCCUUCCUCUGGAAGCCUCCAAGGCAGUGGUUCCCAACUUUGAUCCUCCAGAUGUUUUGGACUUCAGCUUCUUUAAUUCUUGACUGCUGGCCCAGACUGUUGGCGUCUUGGAGCUGAAGUCAAAAACAAACUGGAGGACCGAAGUUUGGGAACCCACGGGGAUAAGAAGUGGCACUUCCCCCCCCCCCCCAAGCUGCUUGUUUUGAUCCUCUGGAUGAUUUUUUCACCUGGCGUAUGUCCCCCCCAGAGGUCCAAGGUGGAUGGAGAAUGGGACCUUCCCCUGAGACAGAGGUUUUGUUGAGUGAUGGAGCUGUGACAGAGCCACUGGGGGAGAGAGGGAAGACCCCAUUAACCUCUGGCCUGUGGUCCUCUCAACCAUGAAUGGCUUAUUAGCACUCCCCACAUGUUCUUUCCCCUCAUGCUUUCCCCAAAUUAGUGCUCCCUUGUGAUGGGAUUGCAGAUUUCCUUCCCCCUCCUAACCCCAUUGUCUUGCCUGAGCUGGUUGCCUGUGUAAUAAUAGUUCCUCCCUAAUUCAUUCCCCAGCAAAUCCUUCCUUGGAUGGAUGGGUUCAGAGAGUCCAUAUGCCCCACUGAGCUUGCUGUUUGGCUGACCACACGAAUAGUAGAAGGCGGUCACAGCAGCACACAGGUUGUUCUCUUGACUGCCACCUUCUUGCAUAGCCCUUUGCUCACCUGCCCUUUUUCUUGACAGAGGAUCUCAUAAUAAGAAUAAUAAUAUUUUUUCUAAGUUAUAUCCUGCUUUUCCAAACGAUCAAAGCGGCUUAUGCUGAUUUUCUGCUCUCUGUUGCAGUUUCCUCUUUCAAAACUUUCCAUCAUCUUUUCGUUGCUCUCCAAAUGCCUGUGACCCCAGGAUAAGGUCUUUUUUUCACAGUUCCCCACUGUAUUUUGGGAGUUGUAGAUCGGCCAGAUAUGACUUGCUACCAUCUGCCUGUGGAACAUGCAACGUCUGGAACUUUGCUUUGUCUGUCAUGGCUUUUAUUAUAAAUGGCUACAUAGCACCCCAUACUAGGCCAUGUUUGUCACCCUGCUCAAGAAGCCACUUGGCUGGUUUUCCAUUCCUUUGGAGUUUGGGUCUGGCCCUUUGGUUUCCCUAAAUGGGAAUUAGAGGAUCCCUUGGAAUGGAAAGAAAUAAUCAGUUUAAAAGGUGGUUCCAAGGGGUUCCUGACUCUGGGGUCCCAGUGUCUCAGCAUUAAAUGGCUCCUUCACACAGAAAAUGUAGUGUUCUCAUGACAAAACGUACCUUUGAAUGGGUAAGUGGCUGACUGAUGUACUUCUUGGGGAAACACGGAAUCGUUUGUGACUCUUUAAUCAACUUGGAUGCAUCCAGAUGGCAUAAGUAAUCCAGUUUGACACCGCUAUAACUGCCACGGCUCAAUGCUAGGGAAUUUUGGAUCUGAGCAACAAGCUAUGAUUCUCAAAAUUCCCUAGCAUUGGGCCGUGGCAGUUAAAGUGGUUUCAAGAUGGAUCAUUUAUGGCGUCUGGAUGAGCCCUUCUCCCAUCCACUCUCUUCCAUGCGUUGGUGAGCAUUGUGACCAUCGUUACAACACCAAAAGAAGGCUUCCUUGCAAAGAUGUUGGCUUUCUACAUUGAAGCUUAAAAAGCGAAACAGGCUCUCCUCCUAAGUUGUCUUUUACCUGAAGAACCUCCUGUACCUUGUUUGCUGUGGAGCUUGAUUAUAAGAGUGUAGACUUUGCUGGAACUAUACAAAUAAUAAAAUAUCCCCUUGAUGAAUUAA